UCUGCACACACUGCUCCCGCUCAGUCUUUGCUGCUCACUCUUUGCUGCUCACUCUUUGCCGCUCACUCUUUGCCGCUCACUUUGCUUUGUCAUUUGAACCACAACUCGUUUCUAACAGAUACAGGAUACCGCAUAAGGGCAGAAGAAAAAGGCAUAUACGCAGAAGGAUGAGACAGUUGUAAAAGAGGCUUCUACAUCGAAAGUGGCUACAAGAAUUAGGCUAAACCAAUGGAGGACCUGGACGAUAACAUUUCAUCUACAGGGUUUGACCCUCUCUUCAUUAAAGAAGAGGAUGCGGAUCAGGACAGAACCCUCAUGGAGCAAAGAGAGUGCAGCAUGGCACAAUCCGGACUCACCUUCACAGGAACACAGCUGAAUCAAUCUACUUUAAUUAAGCCAUACUUACAGAAUAUGGAUGACUUACUGAAAAGCUGUGGGGAGCUCACUGGUAUCCCUUUUGGCUCUCACUUCUCAGAAAGUUACAAUGAAACAAGCCUGACUGAAUCAACUCAUAACCACAGCAAACAGGAAGACACAAUGGAGAGCUACGGAGAAACAAGUAUUUCUCCCCAAGCAUAUCUUUCCACAAGCUACAUUGACACACACAUGGAUGGGGCUGGAACAGAAGACCAGCCAGCACAAGGCCAGUCGCCAGGCUUGGGCACCAUCAUCAACAGGUGGGGAGUGACCACAGAAGUUUCUCGCCAAAGAGAAAUGCCUCUCACUUCAGCGGGGAACAAACUGAGUGACACCAUGGUGGAGUACGAGGGCCAGCUGUUGGGGAUGUUGGCCAUGCUGGAGAGCUGUAUGGAAGAGACUGGGAUGGACUUUGAACCCCAAGACUGGGUCACAGAUGCAAGCCAAGAAUAUGUACACAUCAGUAAGAAUCCUCAUUUUUGCAGGGGUACAACACUAGUGCCCAUUCAGCAAGGGAGGCCCAUGAAGUUGGAGACCCAGCCAUUGCAAUUAGAAACCUGGGCUGGUCAACAUGCAGAGGGAGAUGAAGCUUCCAAGAAAAGCAGAAAUGAGGUGACAGCAGGUUCAGCAACAAAUGGAAGCCAGCAGAAUCCUGUGCUUAGCUGUGACAGCAUGGGUGGCUUCUCAAAAGAAAUAUUGGAAAGGCAAGGGAAUCUGAAAACAGACAAGGGGCUUCUUGAUCCUCAGUUCAGGUUUUCAGGGCCAUCAAUGCCAUUAGAUAGUACAGAAAAUGAUCCAAUGUACUGUGAGCCGACAAAGACAGGAUAUGUGUCUACUAAUGAAGGCACACAGACGAAGGGAGACGUACCUGGGAUUGAAGUAAACAUUGAAUGGCCAGCUGAAGAGAGACAGGAGCUCAAGAUGGACACCAUUGAUCUGGGAUCUGGCAUGAAUGAACUAGGCGCAAUAGGGUCACAGAUGGAGGAGUGCAUAGAGGAGGUACAGCGGUUAGAGAAGAGGAGGAAGGAACUGCUGGCAGAGGUGCUGGAGUUGAGAGGGAAUAAAGACGGAGAGGAGGCAGAGGGGAGCAAUGAGGAGGAAGAGGAGCCAGUUGAUAGCAAAGUGGCAGAGCUGAUGAACGCACUGAAGAGUGAGGAAGAAGGGAGAAGAAAAGAGAGGAAGAGGGAGAUUCAGAGCCUUAGGGAGGAGAGAGCAGAGGAGGAGAGGAGGAUGUGGAAGGUGAACCUGGAGAGACAGGGGCUGCAGGAGGAGCUCAGAAAGCUGAAGAGGAGGCUGUUUGCCAUGGUUAGGGACUGUGCUCACAACCAGGUCGCUCUGAACACCCAGCACCGUGAGGUGGAGCUGCUAAAGAGAGAAGAGGACAAGCUGCAGUCACUGGUGCUCCAGCUGACAGAAGAAGGCUCCCAGCUCAGAUCAGCCCAACAAAAACAGCUCUUAGACCUACAAGCAGAGCUUCAUGCCCAGAGCUCCAGUCAGACCUCCAACACCCAGGACGAGCUGACCCAGUGCAGGAGGCACUCCUGUGGGGACAUCCAGCAGUAUGUGCAGGGUGGGCUGAGAGCCCUGGAGGACAGGUAUGAACCCAUUUUGCUCACGUUGUUGAAGAGGAGAGAGACAACCGCCGGAGCACUGGUGAAAGCCAAAGAGCAGGCCCAGGAGCUGAGGGUCCAGCUGAGACCCCUAAAGGAGGAGAUCCAAAAGCUGAAGCUCCAGAGGGCUUGUUUGGAGGAGAAACUCAAACUAAUUCACAUACAGAGAAGAGAAGAUGUGCAGCAGUACAAGGAGACAGUGUACUGUCUGGAGGAGAGCAGCAGAGAGCUCAAGACCGAGAUAAACAUUCAGAAGAGAAAAACCAAAGAGAUAGAGGAGUUGAGAGACAGCCUAACCAAACAACUACUCCUUUACAGGGCCGCCAUUGAGGACCACAAGUGUGACGAUGAGGAGGAAACAUGAUUGUAUGUUUUUAAUUUAAAAAAAAAAGUUCUGUGAUUUAAUAACUGAUAAUUUUUUGUCUGCAACAUAGUGAACUCCAAGGUUCAAUUAAUGCACUUUACAAAUAUUAAGACAUGCUAUUAAAAAAAACUAAAAUUGACAAAUGUUUUUUUUUUUAGAACAGUCUAAUAAUUUACUAGACUGCAAUUUGUAGAAAGGUUUUGUUAUGAAUAAAAGCUUUGUGUUCAUUGCAA